AUGUCGACUUCAAAGUCUCGAGCAGACAACAGGAGCCAGGACAAGGCCGUCCCGAGAGGUCCAAAGCGAGCAAGGACUGAGGCUGAUGACUCUGACGAGGGUUCAAAUGGGAGACACAGACAUCGUGUCACAAGAGCCUGCAACGAAUGCCGAAGGCGGAAAGACAGAUGUGGUGGACAACGACCUUCCUGCAAAUCCUGCGUCGAGAGCAACCGAAUCUGCAGUUAUGACCCUUCCAAGAAACGCGGACUUCGUCCAGGUUACGUCAGAGCCAUCGAAGCCCUGCUGGGGCUGAUCGUUACCACGAUUGAGGGCAGUGAGGCAUGGAUAUGUAGCCUGCUUCAAGGGAAAACAGAACAGAUCUCGCUACGUCCGGCUUCACUCCAAGUCCAGGGGUCUGAUAUCUCAAUUGACUUCCUACUCGAAGCCUGGAGGAAAUGCGCUUUGGCAAAGGAGGCUGGAAAGCUUCUGGAUCCUGAGCGAAUUGAGGUUGAUGAGGAUGGCCCUGAUUCAACUCAGUAUUUUGAUACAAAGGUGGCUGAGGCAUUUGCUCUAUCUCUGACAUCAAGAGCUGGCGAUACAGAUGCCCUCUUGACGCCGAUGAACACCGAUACAACACCGCAAGAGAUGACACUCUUUGAUUCACCUCCUACGCCUGUCGUCUCGAGCCAUGCCCCUGAACAAUGUGGGGAGACAUCUCCCCAAUUUCCUGUUGCUCCUCAUCUGGAAUAUCCAGUGCCAAACAGCAAUGGAUUCUCGUUAUCACCUAUCCCUCAAUUGCCUAAACAUUGGUCCUAUCUUAUGGACGUCUACUUCGAAACAACACAUACAUGGUUACCAAUAUCUCAAAAGCACGAACUUCUACGUAUAGCAUAUACAGUUGCGAAUGGGGGAGCUAAUCCUAUCAAUCCUCCGUCAUCUGGCGAAUUGUCCUUCUUACAUGCUGUUAUGAUAUACGCCUCCCAUCAAGCCAGCUCAAUAGCACACUCAUCGAAAACACCUCUGGAUCAUACAUACAAGGCCGAAUCGCCCCAAGCUUUGACUCAUACAUCCCUUUUCGCAGAUCCAACUGCUUACGAUCUCGGCCAUGUAAGAGCUUUCCUCGUGCUAGCCUUGAUUGAGAUGGAUCAGAAGCACUGGACUGCUGCUUGGACAGCUACAGGCCGCGCCGUCUAUACGGCAAUAUCUAUGGGACUUAUACCAAGAACCUCGUCAGAAGCUCAUCUGGUUCGAAAUGACGAUGUCAAGCGGACGAUCCUUGGAUGCGCAACACUGGAAACCAUUAUCGCAGCACGACUUGGAACUUCAACCUGUCUUCGAUCAACAGAUAUUUUACUCAAAGACCUUCUUACUACUGACGGAAUGGAAGAAUGGGAGCCAUGGCAGCCGAAGGUCCUGCUUAACAGCAGUGCAGCAUCCAAUCAGCAGACUUCAAAUCCACAUAUGCCCGGGCAUGUGAUAAGUACUUUCAACAGGCUACUCCAAGUCAUAGCGCAACUGAACGACUUGAUUCACCAACGCAAGAGAUCAAAUUCAGAAGACACCCUGCAUGGGGUUAUGGUUACCUGUCAGCAAAACCUCCUAGAUGACGUCCCAACGGCUGUUGACUUGCCCCCUCAAUCACUCUGCCUUAGGAUAGUGUCUAUUACUACACUCGAAAUGGCAGCAGCGGAGCGCUUAUUACUACAUAACCCAGACUCGUGGCGUCCAGAAUGUUACUGGCAGAGCAUCACAUCCUUAAUUGGCCUGAUAGGAACACAAGCUAAGUCAUUGGGCCGUUGCUCUGUAUCUCCUGUUGUACAAAGUUGCUUGGAGCUAUUGCAAGAUUCUAUAACCCGUCAACGGUCGCAAUGUAUUGGUACUAGCGGUCAUGACGAUAUGAACCUUGCUGGACGGACUAUUGCCACCUCUUUGGCUUCAUUAGAAGUCAUGUCUGGGAAUGAGCCUCACUUGGCCAUGAUUCCUGGCUCCCAAUUAAACACAACAGACCGAUCAACAGAUUGCAUGGGUACACUCCAGCCUGGACUAGACAAUAAUCACGUCCCACCUCAGACAGAUAUACCUUCUCAGGGACAGACUGAGAGCUCAGCUCUUGGUACACUUCUAGAAGGAGCAGAGACUUCGAUGGCACAGCACGAUACCUCGACCGAUGCCAUAUUAUGCUCUCCUCAUCAUGAUACCAGUAUCUCACUUCAACAAAAAGGAGUACCUUUGGAACUGGACUUAGAAGACGACGGUCUCUUUGAUAGCCUUGCGACGUUGGACUCGGUCGAUUGGUUGGCGAAUCCUCCCGAGUUCAUGGCGCAUCUCGGCAUACUUGAAAACCCACCUGACAACAUGGAAAAUAUCUUUGAUAUGGAGUUUUGA